GCAUCAUUCUAAAGUCAUUUACGCAAACAUCUGUUUGGAAAAAGUGAAUAAUACUAAAGUGUAAAGAAACUACACCAUGAACUUUGAAACGCGAAAUGAGAAUUACACAAAUCAAUAAUCAGUUAUUGAAAACGCGUUUGUAGACUGGUGGUCAGAGGGCGGACAGCACAGUUUUGUAGAACAUACCAAAAGUAUUUUCGUUUUGGCGUAAACAAAUUACUUUGACAUCCCUUCAAAAUGCCAGCUGUAAUAGUCGAGCCACCACAGCGCAGCGAACAGAUGUGGCAGGCCUUAAAAACCCACAUAACUAGAGAACGUCAACGAAAGAAACAAGAGCAAGAAGCGGAUGCUGAAGAAGAACGUCAAAGAAAGGAAAGGGAACGUCAGCAAAAGCAGGACGUUAUGACGCUUGGAGAAACUCGUGUUCAGAUAUCUCGCCUCGAAAGUGAACUCUCGCAACUCAAGGAUGAGAAGCAUCAGCUAUUUUUACAACUAAAGAAAGUACUCAAUGAAGAUGAUAAUCGCAGACGUCAACUUAUCAAAGAGACUAGCGUAACCUCGGAGGUUUUGUCGGCAGUGGGUGGUUACCCCGGAGCCGGAGCUGGAGUGGUUCAUCCUCAGUUGUUUUUACCACUGCAGACACGAAGUCCGCAUUACAAAGUUCCAGCAACAGCACCAACGCACUCGAUGCUGCCAAGUGUGCGUACAAUUCACAGAAUUGGCCCCUUAAAGCGAACGCAUAGUCCUUCACCGCCUCUUACUGCUUCCCCGUAUCACUCUGGAUACGGGUACAAACCUCCGCCUUCCAUUCCCAGCUAUAAUCCACCACCAGCAAAAUCUGAAGAUGCGGCAAGAAGGUCUGGCGACGUCAGAGCCGUUCUUUGGAACAAGGGCAACCAGUAUUCAACGACAAAUUUCUACUCAGCGCCACAGGGUCAGAAUGUCUACAACUACACAGCACCUAGUUCUCAGUCUUCUAGGGAACCUGAACCUGGGAAACUGAACUAUUUGGCUGGUAAUCGGGGCACAAUGUCAUCUCAUCAACCUGCUUACGUUGCAAGUAUGCAUUCUUUGGAGCACAAGGGAGCUUAUUCGGAGGACAAAUUCUACCUCCGGCCCGGUAGCCACGUCACUGUUCACGGAGGAGCUAUUCCCAUACAACAGCCACCACAGGGUGCUAAAACGGGCGGUAUUACAUCAGGGUAUCCAGUUAGGGCACCACAGCCUCCUCCCGGUGCAUAUCCACCUCCACCUGGUACCUAUGUCAGUGCAUCUGCCGCAAACGUGGGUGGUCGUCUAUUGUAUACUCAACCUACGCGAUACAUGCAACGAGAAGUUUAACGAGUUGACAACAUGAUGAUGAUAAACAUGACAAUAUUAUUAUAUCACAUCAGCGA